AUGACUACGAGGCCGCCCAGCCUUCUCCGCUAUCUCCGUCUGCAAACAGCUCGGAACACUAGAUCGGCUGUGUCAAGACGAACUAUCUCUACUCCCGCUCCUCCACAGCCACCAAAGCCGUCAGAGCCGAUUUAUAAUGACGCUCGCUCUCGCCUACGCCGCUUCAACGACCGCCUUCCUCGGUUUCUCCGCACAUAUACUACACCCUUACUUGGAGCGCCUGUCACCCAUAUCACAUCCUUCCUAAUACUUCACGAACUCACCGCUAUUCUUCCACUAUUUGGAUUGGUUGGCGCAUUUCACUAUGGUGGCUGGAUGCCGGAUCUUUCAUCGCAGACAGGCGAGACCAAUGCCUUCGAAGAAGGAGCUGCGCGUUUCGGCCGCUGGCUGAAAAAGAAAGGUUGGGUGGAUGAGGCUGACGUGAAUGCUGUUGUGGAGCACGAAAGCACCGGGGAGAAGACGGUGGACCGGGUAGGGGUUCGACUGGUGCUAGAAUUUGCUACAGCCUAUGCAAUCACGAAGGUCUUAUUUCCAGCCCGGUUGGCAGCGAGUGUUUGGGCGACACCGUGGUUUGCAAGGUCAGUCUUCACACCGACAGCAAACCUAGCCAGACGGCUCUUCCGCAGAGGCUGA